CUUCCCCCCUUGUCGACUCUAUCAUCAUCCGCAACCCCUUCUCCCCCGGCGCACGUUAUAAACGACCGCUACCAUGGCGACAACCUCACGACCGCAGUUGAAACCCUACGACGUCGACAUAAGUAUCGUCUCCGCUAAACAUCUCAAGAACGUUAACUGGCGUCACGGCGAUCUCAAGCCCUAUGUCAUCUUCUGGGUCGACCCGGACCGCCGGCUAGCCACCAAGUCUGACGACUCUGGCUCUACUCGACCGGUCUGGAACGAGCGGUUCGUACUUCCUCUCACUCUCUCUCCUCAGGACUCCUUCCUCACCCUUGAGAUCUUCCAUUCCAAACCCUCCGAGACACCCAAACCCCUUGUGGGUACUCUUCGAUUCCCACUCAAGGACCUGGGCGACUCGGACGAUUUCACCAAACUCAGAACCUUCGAGGUCCGUCGCCCAUCGGGUCGUCCGCAAGGAAAGAUCCGCCUGAAACUCGCCGUCCGGGAACGAUUCUUGCCGGAUUACCAUUCUGCCCCUCCUCAACCUAGUUUUUAUUACCACACUGCCCCUCCUGCUCCACCUUCUACACGCGACUACAGAGGAUACACACCUUCUCCGUAUGCUUCACUUCCACCGACAAUUCCACCGGCUGCGACGGUGACUCCAUCUCCGUCUUUGUCGCCACCGCCACCGCCACAGCCUCUUUCGUACACAUACGGGUCGUAUUCUGAUCCGUACACUGGUUACUACUCGGCUUAUUAUUCUCGGCCACCUCCACCACCACCACCACCGUUUAUUGAUCGACAGACGAGCUACGGUGGUGCCGGGCCUAGUGCGCCAGUGGAUUAUGCAUCGCCGUACGAUCAGAAGGCGAAGAGUGGCAAGAUGGGACUGGGCACUGGAUUGGCGGUGGGAGCGGUGGCGGGGGCUUUAGGAGGAUUAGCAUUGGAGGGAGGAUUGAAGUACGAGGAGGAGAGAAUUGCCGACAAAGUCGAGAGUGAUUUGUCCGUGAGGGAUGAUUACAGUGAGUAUCGUGUUGACUAUUUAUGCCAUUGAGUUCUAGGGUUUGAUGUUUUACCAUGAGUUAAGGUUAAAAAUGUUAAGGGCUUGUACUUUUUAUAUGGGUGGAUUUGUAUAUAUUCUAUUGUGAUUUUCUGUGUUUGAAUGGUGGUAUGAUGAAACAAGUAAGAGCUUAUUGGAUGAUUAUUGCCGUUUGUAUGAAUUAUGCUAAGAAAUAAAAGUUGCCUUUUUAUGUCGAUGCUUUUGAUUUCUUAGGGUUUUAGAUGUGAAU